GAUCAGUUUCCCGCGGCCCGCCAUCACGACCAGUUCGCUUCGGUUUAAGUAAAUGGAACAGAUCUGAUCCGCUGCGCAAACCCUUGAUCACGUGAGUGGAUGACGUGUACGUCACCGGUCACAUGAUAGUCACGCGGACUAAACAGUCGGAAAUAAGCUGCAGCGUGUGGAAACAACAAACAGCAGAAAGCCAAGAUGACGGCGGCGGCGCUGACGGCGGGUCUGGAGCGGAUCCCGGACCAGCUGGGGUACCUGGUUAUCAGUGAGGACGGGGUUCUGGCAUCUGCAGGUGAGCUGGAGAACGACGAACACACCGCCGGUGUCAUCAUGCAGAUGGUUCGAACGGCCUGUCGCUUCAGGUUAUCUGGAUCAUCUGAUGCUCCCUUCAAGCGCAUGUCAGUGAUCCUGGAGGACUUCGUCUACGCGGUGACGGUGUCUGGACACAAAGUGUUUGUGGUGAAACGACACAACAACCAACACGAUCCAAUCAGCGUCUAGAGGAGCCGCCAUGACCAAGACUGUGUGUGUGUGUGUGUGUGUGUGUGAGAGAAAUAAAAGGAUGUAAACCUGA